AUGGUUUCGAAGCAAACGGCAAACAAGCGAAAACGGACCUCGAACACUCUCACCCGAAACAAGCGACGUCAAGCAACACGGCUCGCCCACACCAACGCAUCUGAACCCCAUCGAGAUCAUGGGCCUGCUAGCGAAAUAUUCUGGGCAGCGAGAAGGAUCCUGAAGGACAAUGGAUCGUGUUAUCUGGUCGAAUGGGAGGACAUCGACCCAGGGACGGGUCGCCCGUACGAGCCGACGUGGGAACCGCACGAUUUUGUCACUCCAGCCCUAGAAGCAGAGUGGGAGGAGAUCAUCGCUGCUCGAAGCACCGUUACAAGACAUACCCGCAGUCAAGUCCAAUCGUUUGAAGAAGCCGAUAAUCGAAUGCAGUCCUUGAGCGGAUCGCCGGGACUAGUGACGUCUGGGCAACCUCCGACGAAGAGGGAAUCUCAGUGUCAAAGCGUCUCGACAGCUUUUCCGCAGCAAAUGCAUCAGUCACAGCACAGUUCCAGUUCGCUCUCCCUAGAGUCACAGCAAAGUGCGUGUGCGUUAGAGGAUAGGAACUCGUAUACGUGCGGUGUUAUACCUGCUAGGCAGAAUAACGUCAACCAGACAAUCAGUACUACGACUACGCUGGAAGAAACAUCGGGCUCGAACCAGCGGAACCCAGCUACCGCGAACGGUUCUGGCUAUACGAAUAAAGAUUUGAGCGCUACGGAUCCGGCCGCGCUGGGUUUGCAACACAGUCUACAUGCUCAGUCUUCGGCUUGCAUCGAGAAGGUUGACAGUGUUGGAAUUAUGCAACUACCGUCGCACCCUGAUCCCCUAGGGAUGCUCCACGACGCAGGAUGCAAGGAAAGUGAGCUCCCGGAGAAUCCAAGUCAGGAAGGGCUAGAGCCAUUGGAGCUGGCUAGGCGGGAGUCACAAAGAGCCCAUGCUUGUACGCUUGAGGAGAAAGGUUUACCUCCGUCUGCAUUGCUCACAACUAGGAAGCCCUUGGAGACGCAAGAACAGCAAGAAAUACAAGACGAGCUUGAGAUUCUGUGGGCUAUGCUAUCCGCACCCGCCGAUGAAGCUGUUCACAGAGAGCUGGAGCUUCAAGCAGAAGCCGAAGUGGUGUCUUAUACAAAGACGUGGAAGGAACCCGUUCUCGAAAAAGCCGCACUUGUUCUACUUCAAGGCGGGACGGUCGAGGAGCAAAGCCAGGCACUGGUGAGUUCAGAACAGUCACCAGGACGACUUUCCAAAGAUUGCUUGACUGAUGAGAAGGCUGUGAUACAACAUGCACCGGCCGAGCCCGACGUAAGCGAUGAGCCCACAAGGCUUUUAGCACGGGCCGAGCGGUCAAUAUCAUCAUCUUCAGAACAGAGCGAGUCCAACCUGCAGAACCUUAAAUCGCGCGCAGAUACUCUACCUGUUUUAGCAAUAGACCGUACACCGAUUGCACCCUCGGCGUUAUCCUCACAGCUAGGGUUGAGGCUAGAUACUAAGAUCACAGCCGGGCAGACAUUUGCCAAGCCGGAUGUGAAUGCUCCAGCUGGGGGAAACAGCCUCCCGGAGACUGAAACUGGAGGUCUUCCGGCCCCGCCGGCUUUGAACUGGAGUGUCAGAGAUCUUGAGGUUGUUCCUGAUCGGGAAGUGCAAGUUCGUAUUGCAAACAGCAUGUACACUAUUGAUGGAGAGCAGACUGCUCCUAUUACCCGUGAUUCGUUCACCCUUAGGCCACAAAGCUGUGGAGAAGCGGAUCACGACUCCGCGUUUAGGCGAUAUAAGAACAGCUGCCACACUACCAACCACUCUAUCUCACCCGUAAUCGACGGUGUAGAUAUGUCUCCAAGAGACCCUAGUAUGGGACCGUCAUCAACCCUUGAAAGAGCGGAUCAGUUUUCAGAUGAACAACCUGUGGCUCUACGACCUCUACCUGAGCCUUCCGCAACUGCGAGCUGCGGUGGUUCACCCGUCUACCAGAAAAAGUUGCAGAACAUGGAGCUUGCACAGCAGCACAUGCAGCCCCCGGUAGAUUAUCGUAGGUAUGGCCAGCGAUGGACUACUCUGUCCCACGAACCACCUCAGGGUGACAUCCAGCUAUUACAGCAUCGCGAUGCUUGCGCAAUGAGGCCAACUUACAGUAACACAAAUUGGUUCAAGAGCUACACAUGCCCAUACUGUGCUAUCCGGGUCGAACCGAGGAGGAACAAACCAGUUAAGAAGCGGGUCAAGACUGGGUGUGGGACAUGCAGAAAGCGCAAGAAGAAGUGUGAUGAAGCAAAGCCUGAAUGCAACAACUGCACACGUACCGGCAUCAUCUGCCAAGGCUACAUGGACAAGAUGACAUUGCGAAAGAAUGGAACUUCAACGUCUCUACCUUUGUUAUCAGAUCCAACGCGAAUGCCCAUGGACGCACAUCAGCCCGAAAGCAGACCACGCGGCUACGACCUGAAAUACAUACUUAACGGCGAGCCUAGCCUCGGUAGCAGCCAGAGCAUCUACCAAGACCCCCAUGCUUCUGUCCAAAGUGCAGACGCUGUUGACAGCGACGUUACUUCACCGCGGUUUCCAUUGUCAGCUAUCCCAACUACUGCACCGCCAAAGCCAUCGCUAUCCUGGCAUAAACAAGCACCAAGUCUCCCGAAAACUGAGCAGCAGAAGAUGUUAGACGGAGAGCCUUUCAUGCCCUACAGCACUCAGUUAGUUGACGAUCGAAGGCAAUGCGCAGCUGUACUACACCGCUUCAACACCGUCGAUACGGUAUCCGAAGUCGGGCGGCGUAUGCGUGAGCGCUAUUUCAGAGUGGCUAUAGAGGCAGCUUGGACUCAGCCUCAUUGCGGAGACCGUCUGGUCGGCGGUCGGCUUGGUAGUAAUGCACACGUUGCUACACCGUUUCACUGCGACUACGGUUACAACGUCUCUAUUGGCGACAAUGUCAUCAUCGGGUCUAAUUCGAAAUUACUUGAUUCAGUCAGGAUAGGCAUUGGAACGAAUACCAGGAUUGAUGGGCUACGGUCUUGA